AUGAGUACGAUCCCAAAUUUUUCUCCUCUAACCCUACCUACUGCCUCACGCAAAAAUGGCCCCAAUACCACUGUUGUUAACGCAAAUAGCACAGCCAGCAACAUUGUCAUCAUGCAGUUUAACCAUGCCUAUCAAUUACCCAUCAAACUUGUCAGCAACCAUAACUUCACCACCGGGAAGGCACAUGUGUCUAUGCUUAUACACGGACAUAACCUUUUUGGUCAUCUUGAUGGCACAAUUGUUGCUCCUCUAAUCACACUUACAACAAAAAAUGAAAGCACUCCGAAUCCAGCUUAUACGAACUGGUUUCGACAAGAUCAGUUUGUCCAAAACGCCAUCUUAGCAUUGGUGGAACCUACACGUGCAUCAACUGUUGCAACAGCUACAUCGGCACACAAAGCUUGGGAAUCCCUGCACACUACCUUCACCAAUAAAUCACAUACAAGAAUUAUCAGUCUCCAAGAUCAACUAGCUCGUAUUACCAAUGAUUCUAGGCCUGUUACUGACUAUUUACGUGACAUACAUUCAAUUGCUGAUGAACUUGCAAUCGGUGGAGCACCAAUCACUGAUGUGCAACUUACUGUGAGAAUCCUCCAAGGCCUUGGUACUGACUAUAACACUAUCUUGAUAGCCAUCCGAUCACGUGAAACAUUGAUCAUUUAUGAAGAACUUUAUGAGAAACUUCUUGAUCAUGAGAUCUUUCUUAAGCACGAAGAAGCCCAACUCACACCACAUAUUACUGCUGCAAUUGCUCAAAGAAACAAUCAAGCACCUUCAAAGAAUAACAACAACCAAAAGCAGGUAGGUAAUACCUCACAAGGUAGCCAACAAUGGCGUUCCCAGACAGCCCGAGACUCAUCAAAUACCCAGCAGUGGCGCUCUUGUCGAAAUCAGCAGCCCCAAAACAGUGACAAUUUCCUUCGCUAUCAACUCUGUGAUCGCCUCGGUCACUCUGCCUAA